CACAGGAGCUUCCAGCAUCAACAGCAUCAACACACACAAACACCGACACCUAUUAAUAGAUAAAAACAUCAAAUUUUUAUAUUAAAGAUGACUCGCUUCACUAAUGUACGCAAACAAGCUGAGGCAAAUAAUUACCCGCUGACGUGCAGAUUAUGCAGUAAGAAGCAUCCCUUAAGAGUAUGCCCAAUAUUUCGUGCCAAAAGGCCAGAAGAACGCCUGCGUGACGUUCUGAUUCAUCGCUACUGCACGAAUUGUUUAUCGGGGAUACAUCGUGCAGCCCACUGCACUAACCCAGGGAGAUGCCGACGCUGUAAUGAAGAACACCACACGAUGCUUCAUAUUGAUCACACGAGCGAUGGAUCCAGACGUCAGCGGCGACCAACGCGGCCAAUGAACGACAGUGAUAGUGAUGAUGCGCUUUCAUUAGAUGCGUCUGAGGUCGGAGCGGAAACUAAUGCUUUCCGCCCAGACCUGGAAGAGGAAGAAAUGCCAGUCGCUGGAGCGGAAACUAACGCUUUCCGCCCAGAUGAAUCCACCGGAAUGGAGUCAAACGCACUCCAUCCGGAUUCGGCUGAGGAAGUGGAACUGGAACCCCAGUAUUACGGGCAGCUCUUGAGGUAUGAGCCAAGAGAGGUAAGCGGAUUGGAAACGAGAACUUUCCAACCGCGAAACAAUUGGUACCGCACUCAAACUCGACGUUUCAACCACCGCCCACGGCGUCAGCGUCACAACGGGAGAGUGGAAUCUCAUGCAUUCCACCUCCCAGCAAGAAAUGGUUUUCGGUCUGGGCAAGUGCAGGCCCCUAUGAAUCCGCUACAACAACUUACCGCAGUUGCGCCUACAGCCAUAGUGAGGGUAGAAGCAGGAGGCCGCUUGCACCUGGUAAGAGCGUUAAUAAACCCGUGUGCCGCAACGUCCAUUAUCGCACUAGACCUUGCGCAAGAGCUGAAGCUCUGUUUAACGGCAGUCGGAAAUCAAAGAGGGUGUUUUAUGAAGCUGCGCGGAAAGCACGGAAAUUCCGCGACAAUUACAUUGCACGCGGUGGCCGUACGGAACUACCGGCAACAAACACCUUUGAAAAGCCUCGAUGCCACGGUCGCAGCACCGUACAACAACAUAAAGCUCGCCGAUCCCCACUUCCACAUCGCAGCUCCCGUCCGCUUAGUGCUAGGUGCCGAAGUUUUCCCGAAGAUGUUGUUAGGCGCAAUUCCAGCGGGAACUCUCGGUCCGCUACUAGCGCAAAACACCAUUUUCGGAUGGGUAUUGUCAGGCGCAUGUUAA